GCUUAUUUAAUUUUGGGCCAAUGAAUUUAUAUCUCGGUCAGGCAUUGAAGUAAAACCCUCACUCUCUCCGCCACUCUCUUAUGAUUAUGAUUAUGCAGGGAAUGCUAUGGAAUGAGUCAGAGGAAGCGGAUUGAGCCUAAGAACCUCACAUAUGGAAGCUAAAAUUGAUGAGAAAAACAAAGCCGCAAUUUCUUCUGAAGAGGGUGGCGUUGCUGUUGAUGUGACGGGAUAUGCAAGAAGCGGAGUGCCUGCAAUUCUUAUGAAGGAAGAUCCAGAUGAAACAGAGUACUCAAGCUCAUUUGCCGACUCCACGUCUCUAAAAGACCACAUUUCCGGCCCCAGUGAUGCCGAAGCUGAUUCCCAUUUAUGCAGUGAAAGCGAGUUGGGGUCUCCGUUUGAUGGAUUUGGAAGUCUUUUCCCCAUGAGGAAGAAAAAAUUGACCAGUCACUGGAGAAACUUUAUAAGUCCUUUAAUGUGGCGAUGCAAAUGGGUAGAAGUGAAACUAAAGGAGUUUAAGUCACAGGCACGAAAGUAUGACAGAGAGAUGUCUGCAUACAACAGGGAAAAACAUCAGGUAUUUGAUCAAUUCCUGCUACAAGAGUCGGGAUCAAAAGCAGUGCCAUACAUUCAUCAAAGAGUAAAGAAGAAAGCCGUAAAGAGGAGGAAAAGAAAAAUAGUAGAAGGAACUGAUGUAUCAUCAUACAUGUCAAAUCACAAGCUUUUCUCCUACUUUGAAAAUAAGAAAUCUGAUCUGGAUGGAGUUUCUGCAGGUGAAGAUUUGAGUAUAGUGUUGAUGGAACAGAAUGGCAGUGCCCACAAUGACUUGUUGAGUGAUGAUUUGUUAGUUCUUAAAGGCAAUGAAGAUUCACCAGAACAGGUCCUUCGGAAGAUUGAACAACUUUAUUCACGUGUUCAUAAGCUGAAUGCCGAACUCGACACUUUGAUGGAAAAAAAUGCGUUGAAGUUCUCUUCCUCUGAGAAUCUCAGCAACCUGGGGGGCUUUUUUGAGGCGCAGGACAGCUCUGCCCGUCACCCUACUUUCUCUGCUUGCAAUGGGGAGACGGUGUCAGUUGGGUGUUUAUACACACCGCAAGCUCAGCAGCAUAUAGUGACGGUCAAUGAUUUUGGUGGAGAUUCAAUCAUGCAUGACAGUGCUAUUUCGAACUAUGUAGAGGCUAAUAAUCCUCCGGAUAUUAUCGAGAGUAGCACUGGGUUUUUGUCUUUUGUUGAUGCCACACAGCAUCAGGGACUGGUUGGAGAUUCAGGUGAAAAAAUCGUGGAUAACAUCCUCGUACAAAAUGAAGCAUCUGAAGUGGAAGGGGCUCCUUUGAAGAUAAACUGUGAUCAAUCCUUGGAGAAAAACCUUGGAGGCACGGAGAAGAAGAUUCCAGAAGAAGGUGCUAAUCCACUUCCUGCUGUUUCACUACCACAACCGAGUAGAGCGGGUGGUACGUCCCAGGAGCAAUCUACUUUAAGGCCGUCUUUGACCUCUGAAAUCCAGUUUCCACCUACCACGAGCAAAAGAAAGAGAGGAGAGCGUAAAGCGGGCGGUGGUGGUUGGAACUGGCAAAAGCCAGAGCCUGACAGUUAGUAAAAAGAGAUAUUUGAAUGGCAGUAAAAGGGAAAAAAAUCAGUUCUGCUAUGCGAGGUGAGGCGGUAAAAUAUUAUUAAAACCCUUCACUUGCAAGCUUUAAAUUGAAAUUCAGCUAAACCAAACAUUUUAAUCAUGGAUCUUGUGAGCCACGAGGGCACAAACACCAGAGUGAGUUGCAUGGAAGCUGUUGUCAUUGGGGGGGGGGGGGGGGGGGGGGGUAAAGUGGAGGAACUCUUCUUUACAAUAUAAGUUGAACAUAUUUUACCUAAGUUGUAUUGCUUAUAAUGAAUGGUCUUAGCUUCUUCUGUAUAAACAUGAACUUUCUUGUGUUGUAUUGGUAAAAUUGAGCUGAUGAUACAAUUAAUUAUUCUGUUGUUAUUUUGGUCAAGAUAAAUUUUAUAUUUUCUAGUUCUAAUAUAUGAAGUAUGUAUUAUUCUCUAUUUCUCUGUACUAGAUAUUAGUUGUUUUAGCUGAUUCUUUCAAAGUUGUUAUC